AUUGACCGUCUGUUGUUGGGUUUGGGAGUAGGAGCGCCUUUGACAGCGGACUGACCCGAACCGUUUCGCCAAGAAACAAUUUCUGGAUUUGGACCCUUUUGACGUGUGGAGACGAGCUUGUACAAAGGCUUUGGAGUUGGAUUCAUAUUCACUCUUGAGUGUUGAAUCCAUGGUGUGGGCAUCCCUGGAAUGUUGGAAUGGUUCUUCAUAGAAGCUGAGCUGCAAGUAUCAAGUGACAAGGCAAAGUUGGUCCACAUUGAAGGAGGAGAAGAUGAAUGUGGAGGCUCUAAGUAGAGUAGAGCUGCUAACCCUCCUCAGUAUCUUGGAGGGAGAGCUCGAGGCCCAGGAGGUUGUCAUUCACACCUUCAGGGCACAGCACAAAGAUGCUUUCAUCCAAGAGCGUUAUGGCCAGUAUGACCUCAGCAAUCCAUUUCUGGCAUUACAACGGGACAGUAAAGCAGCAGACCACCAAAAUGCACUCGCCCAAAGUCACACGAACCCUUUGGCUGUACUGAAACUGGUCAUGGCCCACUGCAAGAGGAUGCAAGAAAGGAUGAUGAGACAGUUGGCAGCAACUGAGAGCAGACACAGAAGGAUGAUAGCUGAUCUAGCGGAGGAGAAACUGCAGCAUGCCCAUCAAUCACAGAGAGACAAUUUCUCCUUGAUACUACAAACAGAACGAGACGAACUGUUGCAGCAGCUUGAAAUUGAACGUGAGGCAGUAAGGCGACUGCAGCGGGAACAGGAUGAAGCCAUAAGCCAGGCAGAGGAGUCGCUGGCUCAGCAGCAACAGCUUUCAUCAACUCUCAGCCUGAAGCUCCAGAAAGCCAGCAGCCGAGCAGAGGAGGAGGCUCAAAACGUCUUACAGCUCCGUACUUUGCUCCAAGAGGAAAAAGGAGCUGUGGAAAAGCUACAGGAGCUCCUCCAAGAGGAAAAGAGCAGGGCGACAGAGCUGGAGACUCAAACUAAUGGGAAAAUCUCUGAUUUUACCAUCGAGCAAGAGCAACUGAAAGCCAGACUCGCCAAGGAAGAGGAAAGGAGUCAGGACCUGAGGAGACAACUUGAAGAGCUGAAAAAGAGACUGGCUGAAACCAGUGAGACCAAAGAGGACCCAAAGGAGGCAAUGGCAGUGGUAAAAGAGUCACCCACCAAGAUGAGACUUGUGUCCGCCUCCGUUCAGACCGAGCCUGAUGGAAAAGUAAUCACCCUUGCAAAAACAAGCUCGAUGUCAAAGGUCAAUGGCCAUCACAUUAUCAAAGAGACAGAGGCAAUUCAGGAUGGGAGAGGAACGGAAAACACAGGCAUGCUGGAAAACGGCACAGGAGCAAACUUACACUCUCCUCUACAUCCUCAUCCUCACACUUUUCCUCAGUCGCCCUCCAGCACCGCCUCAUCUUCACUCUCCUCUUCGCCCAUUUCCUCACCAGUUUUGGCCAAACAUCUAAACAGCCCAGGCUUCCAUCAGUCCUCCUACCAGGCUGGAGUCAAUCAGCGAUUCCAGGCUGCCAGACACAAGUUUCAAACCCAGGCGGAGUUAGAGCAGCAACAGCACAGUGGUACCCUUUCACCCAGAGACCUCUCACCCACCAUUUCUGCCUACCCUCCUCCACCUGAGCACAGUGCAGCCAAGCAGCUGGCCCGCAACACCGUCACUCAGGUGCUGUCCCGCUUCACCAGCCAGCAGGCUGGUGUCAAGCUAGCGCCAAUGAGCAACUCUCCAUUUGGUACGGACUACCGUAAUUUAGCUGCCUCCCCACCUGGGGGGAGAUCACCUUCUGGGCCUUUGUCUCCAGGUAUCCGUUCCCCUCUCACACCUCGAUCAGAGAGGACUCAUCCUCCUCCAAUUCCUCCUAAAAAGCUAGGGAUGAGUCCAACACCAGGUUCCCCGAGUCUUUCUACCCAAACCAUCCAGUUCUCUGAGCUUUCAGGAAACUGUGGACCCAACAGCAGCGGGCAAGAGGGAACAACAGAGCCGGAUCUGGUUUUAUCUUCUAGCAGUUAAUAUCCACAUCAUACUGACAAACCCUGAAAACGCACACAAUAGCUACUUGUCACACUUGUCACGUCAUGUAAAAUCCAUGGAAACUUUGGCACAGCUGCCUCUUUGGAGGGCUGCACAUGACACAAGCAGUGAAAAAGAGGCAGAAAAUAUAAGAUAGCUGUGGCAUUUUGAGCCUAGGAUGGCUGACACUGGCUCCAGAAUAAGUUGAGGGACUAAAAUUGCAGCAUAUCAAAUCUAGGGAUGACUGGAUUAGUGACUGAAAACUUUUUAGGGUCUGGGACGCCGUGUACAUUUUUGACAUUGAAGAUCACCUGACUUCAACAUUGGAAAUAGGAACUAAAGACCUUAACAUGCAAUGUAUUACACUUGUGAGCAGAUCGACCUGUUGAAAAAAAAAAGUCCUGUACACUCUGUCGUUUAGGUAGAUAAAGGUCUUAGUCACAAUUAAAAUGAUCCUCUCUCAAUCAAUGGCAUAUGAUCUUUUUUUAAGAAGUAUUUUAUUUUCACGGACCACUAAUGGUCCAAUUACCCCUGGUUGAGAAACACUGUUCUAGCUAACUUCGCCAAAGUCAUAUUCCAUGUGGAGGGAUCCCCUACUUACAUACUCAUGAGCCACCACCUCACUGCAACUGUAAACAAAGCUCUGUAAGACUAGUGAGGAGUUACCCAAUGUGCUGCUUAGGGUGGACUGCUGACCCUCUCCGGAUGUGGGCAUCCCCACACACUGGCAAGCAGCGCAAAUACACUCAGGAUGCCUUGAGUCUACAGAUCUGUGGCAUUCCUAGUAAGUGAAAGUCUUUCAAACGGGAGGAUGUCGGCUAGUACUGUUCAUUUAAGAGACUGCAGAGCACAGCAAGACCCCUGAAAGUUGAAGCUGCCAACUGUGUCAGAAAACAAGGAAAAAAGCAUUUGAUGCAAAGCUGUACAUGGGACAGAAAUACUGUAUAGUAGAUCUUAAAAUGCAAGUAGUAUUUGCCACACAUCCACAGAAAAUCAACUUGGUUUUUGGAGGCUGUUUAAAGAAUAUUAUUGAAUGCAGGCAAGUAAUUGAAUGCACUUAUUUGACUACGCAGACAGCACAAUCUAGAAAAAGAAAAUGGGCUCAUUGUGUUCAUCAGAGAAACCUCUGGUUUCACCAAAUCUAAACAAAUGUCAUUUUGUUUCCUGUGACGACUGCAGCCAUUUUUAUGUCUUUUGUUGUUUUGGGUUUUAACACAUUUGCUUUAGAAUUACUUCUAUGUUUCAACAGAUUGUAUUUCCUUCACAAUAAUUUGUAUGUUUGUGACACUGACCUUUUUACUUAGCUUUACAACCAAGAAGAAAACAAAGCCUUGUAGAGAUUCAGUAUCUCCUCCACACAACUCUAACAUCACAAAAGUAACAGGAUGAGUCAGGAAUCAGACUAAUUCCUGGGGUAAAACAAUUGAAUAUUUUAGGUGGUAAUACUUAAAUGUAUUAAUCAAACUACAAUUUUGUGCUCA